AUGGACAGCUACCACCAGACCAGCUCUGUCGCGGUCACAGCCAAUGCAAUCGGCUCCGAUAACAUGGCCGGUUUCGGUGCUCGCAGAUUCAUGCAAGACAUGUAUCCGUCAUCGAAUCAACACCAAAGCCGAAAUCACCAUUACCACGCGCAGCCAUCAAGAGACCAUUCGCACCAUAGAAAAGAUCCUCGAGGCGAUUGUUACAGCAAUGUACAGUCAGCUUCCCGAGGCAGCAAUGAUACCUUUUAUCAAAGCCCACCGACGCACAUGUCGGCGCUUCCUCGUGAGACGCGUUCACAUCCCCAACCACCUGCACACGCGCCUCGCUAUCACGACCAACAUGAGCACCAAGUCGAUCAGCCUCGUAACAACUACAGUACUCGCACAAAUGGAGAGGCUGCCGAUGCUUCGCGCAUGACACGCCGAGAUCCAAACCCGGGCACCGCCAAGCGAUCCGAGACUCUGCUUUCUUGUGCAACUGAUUCAACCGCAGCUUUGCCGUACGCACGCAGCGGUGACAGUCAGUAUUCGCGCAACGAGAAUUUCGCGUCGGUCCAAGACGCCAGUGCUGGCCGCAGCGCACACGUGCCACAGAUCAGACUGGAAGACCGAGCAACCAUCUACGAUGACGACUAUGAAGAACCAGAUGCUAGCCCCACCCUCGAUCAAGCUUACCCACCUUCGUCACCGGCUUCGGCGACGUUGGGCGAUGUUUCUACCGAAGCAUCCUUCACCAUUGUGCGCGCAACCGUGUUGGAACCCGACCUGCCAAAGGCCAAAUGUGCCGAUUGUGGAGAGAAGCUUGAUUUUCAAGAGCUCGCUGACCACACCUGCCAGUCCUCGAGUGCGUACCGACCAGCCAUGUUGACCAUCCAACUUCCCACCUCUUCAAGCAGCUCCACUGUCUCGUCGUGUGCAACCUCUCCCGGCCUGAACACACCACGUAGUCCCUUUUUCGAUAGGUACGAUUCACUGGUCAGUGACUCGAGGCCCAUGAGCCCCGCCGUGUUUGCAACCGUGACGCACCUAGAGACGCAUCGUGGCCAAGAGGAGGAAGAGGUAACGCCCAAGGCACAUGCAGUCAGAGUCGUGGGAACGCAGGCGGCGAUCAAGUUGUCGUCCACGAAAGCGUCUCGGCCUUCUGAUCAUGGAAUCUCGCGUGAGCCUCAAGAGGCUCCGCCACCGCUGCCGCCUGCUGCAAUCCAACGCUCAGCAAGCGACACGCAAGCGGAUGCAGCAGCACGACGAAAGAUGAUCGAGCAACAGAGGGCUGCCAAGGUCAAAGAUAUGAUGACAUGCCCUAUACCCAGGGCAGCGACCACUUGGAGCCUGUCCAAGCAAAGCGCGCAGCAAAGCGCUUUGACAGACGACCUAUCGAGAUGCGCCUCCAUGGACGCCUGUGCCAGUCCAUCGAGGACGACGCAAGACAGAAGCGUGCCAGCAGCACCGGAAGGUCAACAUGCCAAGACGUGCUCCUCUUCGUCUCUCUCAUCUACAGGGACGGAUUCGUCUGAGCGCCUGGGCUUGUCGAUGAAAGGCUCUGACACACGCGAAAAGGCUGCUGCAGAAAUUACACCGAGCUCGAGCUACGAGCGCAUCGGCGAUGAAUUUGGCGCCACUCGGACGUCAGCGCUUGCUACGCCUGUGAAGCAGGUGGGUGUCCGUGGAAAAGUCGACAUCAGCAGCAUCGAAGAGAUGAUGAAAGAUCUCACAGCCAGCCCCGAGCCGAUGCAGCCAACGCUGCCCGAGGUGGCGUACACGUCGAGACAGACGCACGAGCUUGGUUUGGAUGCAUCUCAGCCUCCUAGCGCUGUCAACAAGAGCGAUCGGGAACGUGCACUGGAGCUCGAGUUGGAACGCUUGCGCGACAAGGAACGCACGAGACAAUUACAAGCAGUGCGUUUAAAGGAAAAGAGAAAGAGGGAGAGAGCGGCGAAACGAUGCUGCAUUUGCGAUUGCUCGCUUUCGUCAAGUCGAACGCCGUUUGUAGAACGAGAUGGCAAACUACUCUGUGCACGAGACUGGAAGGAGCUCUACCUGCCCAAGUGUCGCAAAUGCCACUUGAUCGUGGAAAAGGGCGCUGUGAAAUCAUCGGAUGGUGCGCUUCGUGGUGUGUUUCAUCGAAGCUGCUUCUCGUGUGCGGCGUGCGAGACACCGUUCAAAGAUGGCAGCUUCUACGUGUACAACCAUCAGCCGUACUGCUCCCGUCACUAUCAUCGCUUGAAUGGCAGCCUGUGCCGCGAAUGCGAAACGGGCAUCGAGGGCGAUUGUCGUCAGACGGAUACUGGCGAUCGCUUUCACUCGGAAUGCUUCCGCUGCCAGUAUACAUCCAAGAAUGGCACAUGUCACACAGCGCUCGCGGACUACUACAUUGUUGGCGGUCAGCGCCUUUGCGAGCGUCACGCAGAAAAAGUAUCUCGACGACUGGCCAAAGCAGGACAGAAGCAGCUCGACCUGCGCUCGCAGAAGCGUAUGACGAUGCUUCACAGUCUCAGAUAA